AUGCUGAGACUAAAGAUGCUACGCAAUGCCGGUGGAUCCAUAUCGCAAGUAAAUAUACCGAAUACCUUCAGGGGGUCUUGCUUGUUAGCUCUUUCGGACUGGGAUAAGGAUCAUGACUCGAUACUGUCCUCGUUUCGCCAGCUUGAAUACUGCAUUACACAGAAUGAGCGCUUCUCCAAGCACGGCAGGUACUUCACGCCAUUCAUUCAAGAUCUCAGCGCAGAGACCAAACACUCCACAAGCUGGACCAGCGGCGAAGGCCCGAUGCUUAUCAGUAUUCCUUUCUUGGACUGGACCGUCAACGGCACCACGCCCCCUCUGCGCUUCCAGAUCGACCCUCGUGAAGGCUACCAGUCAAGUCGGACCUCCUCUCACUUGGUCCGCUCAAUACUCCAGCAUUUCUACCGCCUAGAAGACACCAGCGACCGAGAGCACCACCAGGUUCUCAACAGACACAAGCCCUGGGCCACGGACCGCGAGCUCGACCUCAAAGUGCGCCGCUGGUACGGGCACCACCCGACCGGUCUCAACGUCGACGAGCUAUGGAUUCUUGUAGUGGACUCGCGGCACAUAGUCACCUUCUCGAGCAACCAGACGUGGAAAUCUUACUGGCCGCCUCUGCAGUUGCCGGCCAGAAUUGCGAGAAUCUCCUUUCGCGAGAUUCGAAAUAAUUUCUUUCGGGAUAGUAAUCGCGUCAGCGAGUAUACUGCGGUGAACCACGUUGUCGCCUGCUUGAGUGGCGCGGUGGGAAUGCUGCAUCGGAGCUUCUGGAUGGAUAUGAUACUUUGUCUUACGGAUCGCUAUGCUAGCUAUCUAUCCCACCUGCAAUACAGGCUUCUCCGCGCCCCAAGCACGAAGCUCGUGAUGGAUCUGCUCCAGGUGCAAGAGGAGCUGAACAUUGUCAUCCAAGUAACUCAACAACAGCUGGACCUCAUCUCCCAAAUACAGCUAGCGCUGAACGAUACCGGAGAUGCUACCCGGGGACGCUUGUCAGUCGGAAGCAGGCGGCCAUCGUGUGCUUCCUCGUCUGGCUUGAACCCACCGAGCAUCCAUGUGGAGCCUGAUACUGGAUUGCGCUACGGAGAGCACCGUUCGACCAACCUCACUGAUCCCUUCACCCAGCUCCUCGCGAAUCUGGAGCGCGAAUACGUCGACCUCUGCGACCUCCGCGAUAACAGCAACAAUCUCGUCAACCGCACCAUACAGCUAGUCAAUAUCCGCCUGGAAGACCACGGCAAAGCCAUCCUCGUCUUCACCAUCGUCACUGUCGUCUUCCUCCCACUGUCGUUUGUGGCAACAUUCUUCGGCAUGAAUGUCUCCGAUAUCAGAGAUAUGGAGCAUACUCAGCGCCUUUUCUGGAUCGUCGCAGCUACGGUAACAGCCGGGAUCGUGGUGCUGACCACGUGCUUGGCAUUCUAUGGUGGAAGUAUCUACGAGCGAUUCUUGAUGUGGAAGCAGAACCGGAGGCAAGCGGCUACGUCGGCGCCACGUCAUACGUCAUUCACGAGGGAGACGGAGACGUUUAUUGUUCGUGAUAUCAAGAAUCUACUUCCUUCGUACGCCAAGUUCGACGAGAGACGGAAGGACAGGCAGGGAUAA